GGUCGUAGCAUAAAGAAAAGCGAAAAGCUCUGGUUGCACGCAACCUAUAUCCGAUUGAAAACGACUUGCUCCGUUUAUUUUAGUAAUAUGCAUCAACAGAAUCCUGCUCCUCCGACACGAAUUGUUAUUCACCCCACAUACAGACAGUCAGGACAAUGUGGUGGCCCCGAAUGCUGCAAGAAAUGUGCUCUGAUUUUCUUCACGAUUAUGUUUUUGCUCGUUGGUUUUAUCUUGACUAUGGUUGGAAAUUUGGCGAAACCUUUCUGGGGCCCUGAAGAUGACUGGUGUGACUUCUGUAAAGAAGACAGGCUUGAGACGGAGCGAAAUCUAAAAAAUUGUCGAAUCGUUGGGCCAAUUUUCUUGGCGAUCGGCGUUGUAUUGUUGAUUGCUACCAUAGUGUAUUCUCGCAUCCAGAGAAAGAACAAUGCCGGACAAGUUAUAAGCGGAGCGAAUACUGGUCAGAUAGGUUCAACAACUCAAGGAGGAUCGGGCAAUGUAACGACCACCACUCAAUAUCCUAGCCCCUAUGGCUUUCAACAGCCGGCGUACGGGCAAACACCCAUGUAUCCCCCGGGAUCAUAUCCGCCACCGGUACUGCCCGCUGGACAUUCGACUUAUCCGACAGCACCAGCUUAUCCUUCAUCGACUCAGUACCCUUUUAAUUCUCCCUAUAAUAUUCAAGCACCAUACCCAACAGAGAUGCCUCCACCCCCAUCAUAUGAAAGUACUGUUGGCCAAAGUGACACUGCUCCAAGUGCCCCUCCUGCAGAGAAAGUGGAAGCAUAGAAAUGAAAGAAAGAAAGGUUGGAUUUUGGUCAAUUUUGCUUGUUGCCCUCGAGUCAUAUUACUUGACUCUCUCUUUAACAAUUAUUCCUCGAGGCGGAAUGGGCUAUUGACUCAGAGACCAUGAGGGCUCAAGGAAUAAUUAUUUUAGUAAAAUCCAACUAGUCGGUCAAAAAUAUCAAGAAAAGACAACUUUAGCCAGUUAAAACUAGAAAUUUUGCCGCCAAAAAGCCAACGCUUUCGCUACUAGUGGGCUAUAGCAUAUAGCCUAGUAGUAGCUCAACCACUCAGAAUGCAGCAUUGAUGGUAGACCACUAGUUGGAUUUUACUAAUAACAGAUACCUCUUUAAGAUGGACACCUUGGUGCUAUAGACACCUAGAAUUGGUUCCUACAGGUACCUUACUUUACUCCCUUUAUGCAACUCUCUAUAAGAUUGACAACACUAUUAGACAGGCACUUGGUGACAUUCCCAAAGUGUUCGUCUUACAGAGAGUUGACUGUACAUAUUACUUUAACUUCAGGGCUCGAAGUUAUCUUUUUAGUGCACUUGCAAAGUUUUGCUAGUAAGAUUUUUUUCGACUAGCAAACUGGUGAGACCACAAGCAAUUUAUUUCCCUUUGUUUGGGAGACAUGGAUAAUUCUAACUCGCAAUCGCUUGCUAGUGGAUAUUUUUCUUACUCGCAGAUUAUCAAAAUCACUCGCAUUUUGCGAGUUUGCAAGCGUUAAUUUCGAGCCCUGAACUUGUGACAACUUUUGAUUACUUUACAAAACAUGUCCCAACUUCCUUCAACUACAGGUAUAAUCCAUUCUUUGGUUAAACCAGGUUUUAAAGAUUUGAGCAGGUGUCUGCUAAAUGGCUGAACAAUUCAAGUUAGUGAUCCAUACAAAUAGUAUUAAAAGUAAGGACUGUUGUUGACAGCGACUGAUGUUUUGACAACCCUGGGUAGUCAUCUUCAGAGUCUGAAGAUGACUACUGCACAGGUUGUCGAAAUGUCAGUCUCUAUCAACAAUAGUCCUAUUCAGGACUAUGCUCACCCGAACAAUCAUACAAUGUAUUCCACCCUCUUCUGAAAUGACUCCUAGGCUUAAACCUUUCACAGUAUUAAAAGUAUUGGAAAUCUGGUGAGUCAUUUGUUUUGGUAAAGUUGAACCUCUCUAUAACAGCCCAUCUGAUAGGGUGCAAUAGAAAAUCAGAAAUUGUGUGAUAUUUUCAAGGUAGAUUGUGCAAUAAGAUAGGACUAUUGUGUGAUAAAUUAUGCAAUUUUGGGGGGGCUAAUUAGGUUUAAUUAGGAUUUUUUCAGGUUUCAAAGGAGAAAAAUCACUUUAAUUUUGUGUAACAGGCAAUUUGAAUGUAAGAGAAUCAGAAUAAUAAAACAUCUAUUUUAAAACAAAUUACGUUAAAUUUGUCCAAUAAGUUUGACCUGGGAAAGAAAACAAAUAGAAAGAAAGAAAAGGACACUUGUUUAAUAAUACAUGAUGCCGUUACACCACUGACCAUACUGCUUGUCUCGGAAAUCAAAAUGGCUGCCCAGAUACCCUGAUCAAAGGUUUCAGAUGUCUUGCAAGGCUUUCUUUAGUCUUAAAUCACCUUAAAUAACAUUAAGAUUGGGAAAAUGUUUGAUUAAAGUUAGAAUUUAUUGUUUACUUUACUUGAAUUUUGAAUUUAGCAUUAUUUUUUUUUACGAAUUAUGCGAUUUUCCUCAAAUUGUGCGAUCGGAUGCAAUUUGAGAUCAAUUUUGCGAAAACGCACCAUCAUGUAAUAUCAGAUGGCCUGCUAUAACGGUUACCUUGGGGACAGAAGAAGGUGGCCAUUGUAGAGAGGUUGAAACAAAAGUUAAUGUAUGGACUGUGUGCCGAAAAAAUGGCCGUCGCAGAGAGGUGGCUGUUAGUGGAGGUUCAGUUGUAUUUGCUAUAAGAGAAUGGGAAACUUAGGGAACCUAGUAUCAUACAGUAUAACAAGUUUAGCUAAAUAGCUAAUCUAUAAGCUAAUCUACCACACGGGAAAAUGCCAUCUUAUAAGGUCUUGAGCAAAAGUUGACCUGGGUCAAGUUGAAACCAACCCAGCUUUAGACAAACUGAAAUGAUGAACACUGCCUUAUUCUUCUAUCAAUUUCACAUUUUGCCCAACACUGGGGCCCAUUUCUUGAAAGUCCCAAUAAUAAUAUUACAGGCCCUCUUUUUUUACUUUCAAUUAGGUGCUUUUUUUCACUGAGCUGUUUAUGUUUGCUUCAUGUUUAUGGUGAGAUGAUAGUUUUGAAACCAAAACUACAAGACAGUAUAAAACCAUCUGUUAUUAUGAAACCUGGUAAAUGAUAUUGUAAAAUAUGACUUUGGGCCCCUAAAAGAUGUUGGGAUUUUUAAGAAACAGACCCAGGCACAUUCAGGUGGCCUGAAUGGAAUAUUGUAAGUGGUUAAUAUUAUUGUCUUAUUUAAUUGUAGGUUUGCCUGAAAGUUUUGUUAUCUGAAGGAUGAGGUCAAGUGAAGUACUGAAAAUGCCUUGAAUCUGUCACUGUAAGACAAAUACUAUACAUGUAUGUCUUUUCUGAUUAUUUUAAAGUUCUACUGAAACAAAUAAGAACUAGUUUGAAAAUAUAAUGAUUAUAACCUUUUUUAAAACUACACUGUAGUUCAUUAUCUUACAAAUAAGAGAAAUUACCCCUUAAGUCAAUGAAAAACUAAUUUUCGUGCAUGUUUUUUAUGCCAAUAUUGCUAUGCUGUGGAAGUUAAUGCAACAUAGCACAAUGCUUAGUUAGAUAUGUAUCAUGUGGGAACCAGGUGGUCAGCACAUGCAUUGCAAGUCAAGUGCAUAAGAGAUGUCAACAACUUACAAAUAAAUGCCUAGUUGAAGUGUCAACUCAGAACUGAGAAAGAGAGAGAGCCUCUAGAAAAUUGAAUUCUAAUCAGAAAGGGAUGGGUUCUGAGUGUUGUACCCCAAAUUAGGUGUCAAUGACAAAAUUUGUAUCCUUUCCAAAAAAUUUAAAAGUUUUUAAAUUUGCAUCUUCUUAUAAUUGCAUGAUGUCAAAUGGCUUACAGGACAAGCCAAGGAAAUGUCCAAAUUUGUUGAACUUAGGGUCAUUUCUCAAGCCUAAAUCUCUUUGUGCACUCAAUCUCUUCAGAGCAAAAAAAUCAAGUAAAAAGAGACAAGUAUAAUGUUUGUUUCAGUGGCACUUAGAACACUUCUUAAAGGUAUUUUUUAGUGUGGAUUACUGGUAUUUUAGAUGUACAAUGUAUUACCUUCCAGGCCCCUGUUGUUCAAAAGCUGGAUAGCGCUAUCCAUCGGAUAAAUCUCUAUCCAGUAGAUAACAGUGGAUUAAGUUUUGAUGAGUUUGCAUUUGUUGUGACCACUGUUACAGCUGUAACAACUGGGACAUGUAUGUAUAAUGUAAUGCAUAUUUUUCACAGAGUAUGUCGCUACACUCUGUAUGGGAAGAGGUAAUAAUUGCUAGCACUUUAUAUGCCAUAUUAUUGUUCUGGUUUUGUAUUUAAUGAGAAUUUAACUCCUUUGUUAUGGCAAAACAAUGUGAAAUAUUUAUUGCAGAAAAAAAGUAUGAAUUCCAAUAAUUUGUUUGCUGAAAAACAUGUGCUAAGAAGAUUUAAAGCUACAAAAAAUAGCAUAUGAGAGUAAACUAUUUUUGCCUUCAAAUUUCCUGCAGGCAGCUUUUUAAAGUUUUGAUGAGAUUGCAUUUGUUGUGACCACUGUUAUGUAAUAAACUGGGCAGGUCCUUAAGUGGAGGGGGGG